AAAACUCUAAUCAUUCACGCGCUCCGUCCACAGAUGCACAUGUUCAUCGCCCGCUAUUGUGACCUGCUCAACGUCGUGAUCUCGUGCGAUGGCUGUGAGAGGAUGGCACCUUGGCACCGCUACCGAUGUCUGCAGUGCAUGGACAUGGACCUCUGCAAGACCUGCUUCCUCAGUGGUGCGAAGCCUGAAGGCCACGAGGACGAUCAUGAGAUGGUAAACAUGGAGUACGCCUGCGAUCAUUGCCAGGGGCUUAUUGUCGGCAGCAGGAUCAACUGCAACGUGUGUGAAGACUUUGACCUGUGCUUCGGUUGUUACCACGCAAAGAAGUAUCCUGACAGCCACCUGCCCACCCAUCGGAUCACCGUGUACCCCAUGGUGACCAUACGGAUCAGCGAUCGCCACCGCCUCAUCCAGCCCUACAUCCACAACUACUCUUGGCUGCUGUUUGCUGCUUUGGCCCUGUACACGUCCGAGCUGAGCAGCGAGAAGCAAACGGGUGGAGACGCGUUGGACUGCGACGCUCUGAACGUGGCCAAAGCCCUGCAGACCCACUGCUCCCAGCUCAUCACGGACUGCCUGCUCAAAGGACAGACUGGCAAAGGUUUCCGUUCCUCUGCUUUGCUCGCUCUUCUGUCCACCAAUGACUCUGCUUCUGACAGCGAGCUGUGUCCAGUCUCUCCCGAGUCCUCUCAAGAGCUCAGCACAGCCACGGACACCUCCUCGCUCCCGGGAAGCACAGCAGCGAUCUGCUCUCCUUCAUCUCCUAAGCACAAGGUGGGGAAUGCAGCUCGUGUUCAAAGAUAA